AUGGAGACUGCAGAUCCUACCUCCUUGUCACGCCCACAGAAGACUUCCCUCGCUACUCCAUCUAAGCGUCGGAAUGUAUAUCCGCCUACCGAUACAGAACUCCCGCGUUCCCUCCGGUGGAAACGACGAGUGAGGACCAAGUCUGGGACGUUUACGCCAGUGGGAACCCCCAACACUCCCUCCAGCUCCGGAUCCAACCAUGAGACCAUCUGGAUUCAUGAGAACCCGAGUCAGAGUCCAAUCGAGUCAGAGAAAGGGUAUUCCGAGAUAUUUACGUCCCAGGUCUUACCAGCCCGCUUAAAGAAAGCCCGUCAAAGCUCUACUCCCCAGCUCAAACCGAGCCUGCUACAAGGGAGUGACUUCCACAAAGCUGAGCCUGUUAAUCUUAAAUGGGAUCAAGCUGCACUCCGCGCUGAGUGGGACGAACAGAAGACGAUCAACACCAAGCUACGGGAGCACGCAGAGACAUUGAAGAAGCAUAUCGAGGAAGUUGAAUCCAUGAAUAACCAUCUUCGUGCAGUGCUGUCGGGAACCCGGGCCCAGAAGGGAGAUUGA